CCAUCACACUCACAAUGGAUCUGCUCAAGAGUUACCUACUUCUCCUGGCCGCGGCUUGCUGCCUUUGCGUGGGAGUCCUAGCCACGCCCACAAUUCAAAAAUCAAAGCCUGCCCUACCGGACCCUAGCCAGCUACUGGCCCAGUUGCCGAAGUUUUCGAAACCGGAUCCCAGCCAGCUGAUUGCCAAGCUUCAUUCUAAGCCGAAGCCGGCAUUUCCCGAUCCGAGUCAACUCCUGUCGAAAUUCUCCAAGAAGCCCGUGAUCGUGAAGCCCGUAAUCGUAAAGCCCGUGGUGGUGGUGAAGCCUGUGGUUGUUGGCGGCGGAGCUGGCGGAAGUGAGCACGGACAUGGCCAUGGUCAUCAUGGCAAAGGAAAGUUUAUAUUUUAG